AUGCUUGCCUCUCAUAAUGUCUGCUCUGUACCCAGCUCCCUCUGGCUCACGGGCAUCCCAGGACUGGAGUCCCUGCACAUCUGGCUCUCCAUCCCCUUUGGCUCCAUGUACCUGGUGGCCGUGGUGGGGAAUGUCACCAUCCUGGCGGUGGUUAAGAUGGAGCGCAGCCUGCACCAGCCCAUGUACUUCUUCCUGUGCAUGCUGGCUGUCAUCGAUCUGGUCUUGUCCACCUCUACCAUGCCCAAACUUCUGACAGUCUUCUGGUUUGAAGCUGGUGGUAUUGGCUUGGAUGCCUGCUUAGGUCAAAUGUUUCUUAUCCAUUGCUUUGCCACUGCUGAGUCAGGCAUCUUCCUUGCCAUGGCUUUUGACCGGUAUGUGGCCAUCUGCGACCCACUUCGUCAUGCUACGGUGCUUAGUCAUGCAGUCGUGGGACGUUUGGGGCUGGCUGCUCUCGUCCGAGGAAUUCUUUACAUUGGACCCCUACCCAUUAUGAUCCGCGUGCGGCUGCCCCUUUACAAAACCCGGGUUAUCGCUCACUCCUACUGUGAGCACAUGGCUGUGGUCGCCUUGACCUGUGGUGACAGCAGAGUUAACAACGUCUAUGGCCUAAGUAUUGGCUUUCUGGUGUUGAUCUUGGAUUCAGUGGCCAUUGCUGCCUCCUAUGUGAUGAUUUUCAGGGCAGUAAUGGGUCUGGCCACUCCUGAGGCCAGGCUUAAAACCCUGGGGACAUGUGGCUUUCAUAUCUGUGCCAUCCUAAUCUUCUAUGUUCCCAUUGCCGAUUCUUCCCUCAUUCACCGAUUUGGUCACCACGUGCCUCCUCCAGUCCACACCCUGCUGGCCAACUUCUAUCUCCUCAUUCCUCCUAUCCUCAAUCCCAUUGUGUAUGCUGUUCGUACCAAGCAGAUCCGAGAGAGGUUUCAAAUCCUGACGAUAGGAGCCAAGAGCCGAUGA